AGCGUCAGGACCUUGCAAGUAAAAAUGUAGUAAGAUGUCGCGCCUCGUGGCUGCUAAGGUACCCCGAGCUCAGCGUCUUCCUCGGUCCUUGGUUGUCGCCUUGAUGUUUGUUCGUAUUUAAAAAAGCGUUCAUUCCUCAGACCACGCGAUGCUCUCCGGAGCGGUGAUGCCGGGCUUGCCGGGCCCCGCCAACAUGACGACCAACACGGAUUGUCCUGCGCUACCCAAGGGUUGGAAGCGAGAGGAGGUCAUCCGCAGAACGGGGCUGUCGGCCGGCAAAGUUGACGUCUACUACUACAGCCCUGGCGGCAAGAAGUUCCGCAGCAAGCCUCAGCUGGCCCGCUUCCUGGGGGACGCUAUCGACCUGAGCACGUUCGACUUCCGCACGGGCAAGAUCAACUCACUGCUGCUGCGCAAGAGCCGCCGGCAGCGGGGCACCCAGUUCGACUACAGCCGGGGCAUCCGCAACGACGCCUCCCUGGUGCCGCCCAUCCGCCAGACGGCCUCCAUCUUCAAGCAGCCCGUGACCGUGGUGCGCUCCCAGGAGGGCAAGGUGCGCUCGGACUUCAAGCACGGGCCCCCCGACAAGCCCAAGCAGCUGUUCUGGGAGAAGAGGCUGCAGGGACUGCAGGCCUGCGACCGGGACGAAGAGGCGCUGCAGAGCUUUGAGCUGCCCAAGAGCAUGAGAGGCGUGGGUCCGGACGUGAGCCAGGAGACUCUGCUGCGCAGCAUCGCCACGGCGCUGCACAUGAGCGCCCAGCCCAUCACGGGCCAGACGGGCUCCCGCUCGGUGCUCGAGAAGCACCCCGGCAUCUACAUCAACCCGGACCAGCCCCUCGUGCAGGCGCUGAGCGUGACGGACGAGGACAUCCGCAAGCAGGAGGAGCAGGUGCACCAGGCCAGGAAGAAGCUUCAGGACGCCCUGGCAGAGCUGCCGCCCUAGCCCCUCCCACCGCAGGACUCGCAAAGAACCUCCCGGUUGACUCCCCAGCAGAGGGGACAUUGUCCGGUGUUCGUGGGAGUGCUGCUGGCCAUCUACAGAAAGUAAUGUAUAGAGAAUGGAGCUGUGCCCACAGUGAUCUUGGUAAAUCAUGGGACACUGUAUACUUAGGGGCAGUUUUACGGUUCAGGUGGUGUGGGGUGGGGGUUCUGCAAAGAGAUCUGACGUUACGGAUGAAAUGUUGCCCAUGUCUAUUUCGUUACCCUGAUAUUUGCCAUGUCACCAAUUACUAAACAUUUCUUCCUGAAAAAAAGCUGGUAUAUGAUGUUUUUAUUUUUAUAAAAAAAGUGCCCUCGGUUAAUGGAAAGAGGUGGUGCCCCCCUCCUCCAUUACCCCUUAAAUCUCUUUCCUUAAAUCUGCCCCUGCAUCUACCCUUCAUUAAAAUAUUUCAAGUAUAA